CACGGAGUUCACUCCGUCACGGAGGGGGAGUGUGUAGUGGUAGGGUGUAGGGCGUGGUUUGGGAUUGGGCCGACAUCAACUUGUGGAUGCUGCAGUUUGCUUCCGCAUUCCCCAACCGUCAGAGCUCCAGCCUCAGUGCCGGGUGCAGAGCAGCGCGAGCCCCGUCGGUGAGGAGCUCCAGCGGCAGAGAGGAGACACAGGUGGCGGGAGAGGAGCGUUCAUGGAGCCGCAGCCGAGCAUCACUGGAGUUUGGAGGACCAUGACUUGAAGUUGGCUGUUAAAUAAGCAGCAGCGGAGUGACAAAGGAGCAGGGGAAGUGAAGCAGAGCAACAUGGCCGUCUUCAAGCCUGAAAAUGUGGAAGACUUCUAUGAGAUCGGCGAAGUUCUGGGAAGUGGGCAUUUUGCUCAGGUUCGAAAGGUCCAUGAGCGGGCCACCGGGACUUACUGGGCAGGUAAAUUCUUGAAGAUCCGCAAGAACGCGUGCAGCCGCCUGGGCCUGGACCGGAGCCGGCUGGAGGAGGAGGUGGACAUCCUGCACGCUAUCCAACACCCCAACAUCAUCACGCUCAAAGAUGUGUUUGAGAGCCGAGCUGAGGUGGUGCUCGUUCUGGAGCUUGUUACUGGAGGGGAGCUGUUUGACUUCAUUGCUGAAAAGGAGAACCUGCUGGAGAGUGAGGCUAUCGAGUUCAUGGAGCAGAUCCUGAAGGGGCUGGGGUUCAUGCACAGCAAGAACAUCGUACACUUUGACCUCAAGCCAGAAAACAUCAUGCUGUCAGACAGAGUGGCCCCGCACCCCAACAUCAAACUCAUCGACUUCGGCCUCGCACACCGCUUCCAUCAGGGGGAGGAGUACAGGAGCUCCAGCGGCACCCCGCAGUACAUUGCCCCUGAGGUGAUCACCAGUGACCCUCUGAGCACAGCAGCAGAUAUGUGGAGCAUCGGAGUUAUUACCUUCAUACUAUUGAGUGGUCUGUCACCCUUCCAAGGGGACACUGAUGAUGAAACGCUGAGGAACAUCAUCGUCAUGAACUACGAGUUCGCUGCUCAGCACUUCAGCAUGACCAGCUCCAUGGCCAAAGACUUCAUCCAGAAGCUGCUGGUGAAAGAUCCCAGUGAGAGGAUGACGGCAGAGGAGUGUCUGCUGCACCCAUGGAUUAAGCCCAUCACACGCACACAGGUGGCCAACAGGAAUCGAUCCUCAAUCAAUAUGAAGAGCUUCAAGAAGUUCAAUGCCAGAAGGAAAUGGAAGAUGUCCUACAACAUGGUGUGGAUGUGUAACCGGCUGGUCCGGUUGAAUCUGCUGUGUAAGGGACGCUCAGAGGCAGAUCCUCUGGAGAGACAAUGUGAAAGCGACGUAGAGGACGGCGAGAGCAAGCCGGCCUCCCUGCUGCGCCGCAGACUCAGCAGCAGCUCAUAGAGCGGGGGGAGGAUCCCUGAGGGGGGUUGGACGUCUUACAAGCACAGCCUCAUCUUACAAGCAUGUGUAUGUGGAAGAGCUCCAGGGGACAGACCAGCUGAGCAUUAGGCCUUUGAUGAUGCUGCUUGUGAUUGGGUGGUUACUGAUUUAGGGAAUCUCUUCAAUAUCACAAUGUGCACAAACAAGCUUUGAGUAGAUCUUCUACAAAACAUGUUUACCUAUAUUUGUAUGUCCAAGUCUUCCGUGACUUUUAUGUGAAUGUUUUUUUCUCGUCAGCCAAAUGCAAAGUUAACGUUUACUCUUGUUGAAAUGUUGUCCUGUGAUGACUUAAUCAUGAAAAGUGAUGGAAAUACCAAGGCGAUGUAUUUUUUCUACACAGAUACAUAUAAAUACAGAAUAUAUAAGCUGUAUAAUUCAGACUUAUUUGUGAAAUAUUAAUAUAUAGCCCAUUCUUAUCAUAUAUUCCCUUAUGUGUCAUAGGUUGUAUGCAUGCCCCGUGUUGCUAUAGAUAUGAAAGUAGGCCUGCGCCCAGGUAAUGUGUUAUUUCCCCAAGAGCAUGAAUAAAGAGUAUUAUAUUCUAUUUCAUA